GUCAAUUUUGUAAAUGCAUACAUCUUUUACAAUUUGCAUAUUUUCUAUAAAAUUAUUCUUGUAUAAAAUUGUUGAAAGGUAAUUUUCCUGAAACCUCUUAUUAAAGAAAGCAAUAGGAAAUCAAGACAAAAGUAGUGUUAUUUGAUAAAUAAAAAGAAAUGAGUACCAGUGGCGAUUCGCAACCCUAUUUGAACGAUUUUAUGAUGCGAGACGAUGAGGAUGUUAUCUCCGGCGAUGAUGAAUCGGAUAAUAAGCAUAGCGGCGGCAGUUAUAUGCUCCGCGAACAGGAUCGUUUCCUGCCUAUUUGCAACAUCAUCAAGAUCAUGAAAGUACCAGUGCCGGAAAAUGGCAAAAUUGCCAAAGAUGCACGCGAGUGCAUACAGGAGUGCGUUUCUGAGUUUAUUUCAUUUAUAACUUCAGAGGCAAUAGAGCGUAGCAUAGCGGAAAAUCGAAAGACGGUGAAUGGGGACGAUUUACUUUAUGCAUUUGCCAAUUUAGGUUUCGACAAUUACGUAGAACCCCUGUCUAUGUAUUUACACAAAUUUCGUGAGUCCACAAAAUCGGAUCGUAAUUUAUUUAAUGAGCCCAAUAUGCUGCAAGACGAUUCAUCUACCGAAUUUCCAUCAGUUGCGGACAACAGUAACUCUACAAUAAUAACAAAAGCGGUAAACACCACAACCGGAACAUUGAUGAAAAAUUCAAGUGCAGUCAUCAACGCUAGAACGACUUCAACUGGCACUGCAAGCACAUACUCGAAUGUAAAACUGUACGAGAUAAUCGACACCAACCAACAGCAACCGCAGCAGCAGCAGCAGCAGCAGCAACAGCGCCCACAAAAUGGUAUACACAACUUAUUACCCACCCAUGGCAUCACCAUAACACCAACAUCUGUAUCAACAUCAACCAUACCCGUUAACCUAAUGAGCAACGGUUGCACCCAAACAGUCAAUGGCGUCAGCACUCUAAGCACAACAUCAGCAACUGUACGUCGUUCAGCGCGACUACAAACGCGCACUCAACAACUGCCGGUAGUUACGACUGUGGCGAAUGAAAUGCCAGGUAGCAUUAUAAAUUCAGAUCAAGUGAUAUUCUUUGAUGCUGAUGAAUUGCGCCAACACGUUUUGCAACAACAGCAGCAACAACUCAACAAUAGUGGCGGCAAUAGUUACGUGCAUAUGUAAGGAGUGAUCGGAAAGUUUAUUACUUGACGCGAUCUUCUACAAAGGGUGAAUUUUUUUGAUGCAACGAAUUUAUUGCCUCAAUUGCAUUCCCAAGUUGAGGAAAAUUAUU